AUGGCCACCGAACGGACUUCUUGGACAAGUUUGUCCACUAUUCAGAAAAUAGCACUGGGCCUUGGGAUCCCAGCCAGUGCAACAGUUGCCUAUAUCCUAUAUCGCAGAUAUAGGGAAAGCAGAGAGGAGCGACUGACAUUUGUUGGGGAGGAUGACAUCGAGAUAGAGAUGCGAGUUCCCCAGGAGGCUGUGAAGCUCAUCAUUGGCCGGCAAGGAGCCAAUAUUAAACAGCUACGAAAACAGACAGGUGCUCGGAUCGAUGUGGACACGGAGGAUAUAGGAGAUGAGCGGGUCCUGCUUAUCAGUGGUUUUCCUGUUCAGGUGUGCAAGGCCAAAGCAGCAAUUCAUCAGAUCCUGACAGAGAAUACCCCAGUGUCUGAGCAGCUCUCAGUACCCCAGAGAUCUGUGGGCAGAAUCAUAGGGAGAGGUGGCGAGACAAUUCGUUCUAUCUGUAAGGCCUCGGGAGCCAAAAUAACCUGUGACAAAGAAUCGGAGGGGACACUGCUACUAUCAAGACUUAUAAAAAUCUCAGGAACACAGAAGGAAGUGGCAGCAGCCAAGCAUUUGAUACUAGAGAAAGUUUCAGAAGAUGAAGAACUUAGAAAGAGAAUUGCUCAUUCUGCAGAAACCAGAGUUCCACGCAAGCAGCCAAUCAGUGUAAGGAGAGAGGAAGUGAGAGCACCAGGUGGCGCUGGAGAGCCAGCUUUAUGGAAAAACACUGGUCCUAGCCUGCAGCAGCCUGCGCCUCUGGCAGUUCCUCCUCACAAAGGAGGCGGUGACUUGGCUGUUGUAGGACCAGAAGAAAGUUCCUGGGAGAAAAAUAAUGAUGACAGCUUUCAGAUGUCUGGAGCUCAGACCAGUUCCGAGAUGUCCAUGUUUGAAAUCCCCAGUCCAGACUUCAGUUUCCAUGCUGAUGAAUUCCUAGAAGUCUAUGUCUCUGCCUCUGAACAUCCUAAUCACUUCUGGAUCCAAAUCAUUGGCUCUCGGAGCCUGCAAUUGGAUAAGCUCAUCAGUGAGAUGACCCAGCACUAUGAAAACAGUCUGCCUGAAGACUUGACUGUGCAUGUAGGAGACAUUGUCGCAGCACCUUUACCUACAAAUGGUUCCUGGUAUCGAGCCCAGGUCCUUGGCACCUUGGAGAAUGGGAACCUGGACCUCUACUUCGUUGACUUUGGAGAUAAUGGAGAUUGCCCGCUGAGGGACCUCAGGGUGCUCAGGAGUGACUUCCUAAGCCUUCCAUUUCAAGCAAUAGAGUGUAGUCUGGCACGGAUCGCCCCUUCAGGUGAACAAUGGGAAGAGGAAGCUUUGGAUGAGUUUGACAGACUCACUCACUGUGCUAACUGGAAGCCCUUGGUGGCCAAGAUCUCUAGCUACGUCCAGUCUGGGGUCUCAACUUGGCCCCAGAUCUAUUUAUAUGAUACUAGCAAUGGAAAGAAACUUGAUAUUGGGUUAGAAUUAGUUCGUAAAGGAUAUGCAGUUGAGCUUCCCGAGGACAUGGAAGAAAACGGAGCUAUCCCAGUGAUGCUGCAUAAAGUGGCCACAGAAACAGAUGUCUCUCUCAGCAGCAUGCUUACCGAGACCAAGAAGAGCCCUGGAGAGAUGGCAAAUACCCUCUCCUGCCUCAGUUUAUCAGAAGCUGCCUCUAUAUCUGGUGAUGAUAACCUCGAAGAUGACUAAUUACUCUGAAGUCAGCUUCAGCUGUCUCAGCCAGCUGCUUUGCUGAUUUGGCAUAAGAUUCGGUGCCUGGAGAGAAGAGCCCAUGAUAAGAGAUCUGUCCCAUCCAUUGUAUACCUGAUCUGGCUUGCUAUGAACCAAGUGCAAUUUGUCCUUCCACAGGAUGACCAGAAAGCAUGUGGGGUGGAGGGAGACAAACUCGUGCCCCAACUCCACCACCACCACCACCUCCCCUCCUUCCAGUGCUUGAGUACUGCUGUAGGCUCAGAAUCCAGCUCACUGCCCUCUGCCAGUCACAGUGCACCCUCCUGCUAGGCUGUAUCCCUUUUGAGGCUGGGAAAUGGCCAGGCUUUGGUUAUUAGAAAUGAUAAUUCUGCAGACUUCAGACUCACCUCAUCAGGUGACUCUGGUUAACAGGAGUUUUUUGAGUGGUGAACUCAAAAGACUGCAGUUGAAGAAGGAGGCCAAGGCAAAAAUCAGCAUAGUUAUAUUAAAAAAGCUUCAGGAAGUGGGAAGAGAAUACUGCCUCCCAGCCUCAACUGCAGAUGUUAUUGAAGACAAGUUUUUGAAACAGUGCUCCUGUAAACUUUGGUUGAAAUACAAGUAGACAAGGAGAGAGGCAACUCAGGAAAUAUUCUAAAUUUCUAGUAUAGUAUCUAUAAUGUGUGUACACACACAGCCAUAGAGAGAACAUAUGUAGCUGCUUAAAUCAUUUGGGGAUUUGCUGAAUAAAGUUCUCGAGAAAAUUA